GGAUCAGUGGAAGAAAGAUGAUGUUAACUUUGUGAAAACUAGAGCUGCAAAACAUGUGCUAGAAUUUAUCAAGAAACAUAAUUGUGUAACUAUUACUGCUAGUUCUGGUGUUGGAAAGACAGCAACCCUCCGACAUGUGGUUUUGAAAAUGAUAAGAGACGGGUAUGAUGCAUUACUGGUAACCAAUCCACAUGAAAUUGUUCAGUUUUUUAAUCCAAAUCAGAAAACAUUGUUUGUUAUUGAUGACUUUUGUGGAACAUUCUCAAUAAACCAAUCCGAUGUAAACAACUGGGAAUCAGUCAUAAAACGUAUUAAAAAAUUAACUGGAAAUAACAAUAAACACACAAAAAUUAUUGUUGCCUGUAGAUUACAAGUCUACAAAGAUGAACACUUCGAAUCAUUAUCAAUUUUCAGAACCAAUACAUGCAACUUGUUAUCAGAAGACUUAUGCUUGUCAAAAACUGAAAAACAGUCAAUUGCAGAGACAUAUCUGAAAGAUGACGCUUCUGAGAUUAUUCAGUAUUGUGAUUUAUUUGAUUGUUUCCCAUUGCUCUGUAAAUUGUAUCAUGUUAAUUCGGAACUCAAGAUUAAAGAUUUCUUUCAGAAUCCAUUUUCAGUGUAUGAAGAAGAGAUGGAACAUCUGAAGAAGAAUAAAAAAUUUGGUAAAUACUGUGCAAUAGCAUUGUGUGUCAUUUUUAAUAAUAAUUUAAGAAACGAAGUUUUGACAGAGGAAAUAGAUGAAAAAACAAAACACAUAAUAUACAACACUUUUGAGGCAUGUAGACUGGACAAAAGUACGUCAAGGUCAAUCUUAUUGGAUGAACUUGAUUCACUUGAGCAAACUUUCAUAAGAAAGGAACAUGGUGUUUACAGAACUUUACACGAUAAACUGUUUGAUAUUUUAUCGUAUUACUUUGGGAAAAAGAUGCCCCAGUUUUUAAUCCAGAAUGCACACAGUGAAUUUAUUAUGGAACGUUUUUUAUUAGAGAGAGAAAAAGACAGUCACCAGUUCCUCACGAUAGUUCCGCCUAAAUUCCACCAGAUGUAUAUACAGAGAAUGGCCAAUGACUGGUCUUGUGGUAAGGUUAUUGAUGUGUUCAAUAAUAUAAAUAUGGACAUACCAAAGUUCAGACGACGAUUUCUAUGUUAUUUAAAUACACUUGAUAUUACACACCAGAGACAACUAGCACAAACAUGUGAUGACACUGACAACGAUACUGUUCUUUUACAGAGUUGUUUUAAAGGUGAUAUUCCAUUUAUUCAAUGGUGUUUGUAUCAUUGUGUUGAUAUUAAUCUGUGUAGGAAUAAUGGUUUGAGUCCUUUACAUGUAUCAUCACAAGAAGGUCAUACUGAAGUAGUGAAGAUGCUAUUGGAAAACAAGGCAGACAUAAGUAAGUGUAAAGAUGAUGAAGCAUCUCCCCUGUUUAUGGCAUGUCAGGACGGAUAUAAAGAUGUAGUACAGUUGUUACUAGAUAACAAGGCAGACAGUAAUAAGUGUAUGGAUAAUGAUACAUCCCCCUUGUCCAUUGCUUGUCAGGAAGGACAUAUAGAUGUAGUACAGCUUUUACUAAAAAAAAAAGCAGAUAUCAAUAAGUGUAACGAUGAUGAACAAUCUCCAGUGUUUAUGGCUUGUCAGGACGGACAUAAAGAAAUAGUGCAGUUGUUAUUGGACAACAGGGCAGACAUCAAUAAAUGUAUGGAUCAUGAGAUCUCCCCCUUAUUCAUUGCUUGUAAGGGAGGAUAUAUAGGUAUAGUUCGGCUGUUACUAAACAACAAAGCAGAUAUUAAUAAGUGUAACGAUGAAGAAGCGUCUUCCCUAUUUAUUGCUUGUCAGGAAGGACAUAAAGAUGUAGUACAGUUGUUACUAGAACACAAGGCAGACAUUGAUAAAUGUACGAAUGACGAUGCAUCCCCAUUUAUAAUUGCUUGUCAGGAAGGACAUAACGAUAUAGUACAGCUGUUAUUAAUAAACAAAGCAGAUAUCAAUAAGUGUAUGGAUGAUGAAACAUCACCCCUGUUUAUGGCUUGUCAGGAAGGACAUAUUGGUAUAGUAAAUUUGUUACUAGAAAAUGAGGCAGACCUCAGUAAAUGUAUGGAUAAUGAAGCAUCUCCCUUUUUUAUUGCUUGUCAGCAAGGACAUAAAGAUAUAGUAAAGUUGUUACUAAAAAACAAAGCAGACAUCAAUAAGUGUAAGGAUGAUGAAUCAUCUCCCUUGUUUAUUGCUUGUCAGGAAGGACAUAUAGAUGUAGUACAACUAUUACUAGACAGUGAGGCAGACCUUAGUAAAUGUAAAGAUAACGAAGCAUCUCCCUUUUUAAUUGCUUGUCAGCAAGGACAUACAGAUAUAGUACAACGGUUACUAGACCAUAAGGCAGACAUUAAUAAGUGUAAUACAUGUGAACAAUCUCCUUUGUAUAUAGCGUGUGAGUCUAACCAGAAAGAUAUAGUCCAUCUGUUACUUAAUAACAAGGCGGACUUAAACAAGUGUAGUAUUGAUAAGAUAUCCCCCUUAUUUAUUGCUUGUCAGGAAGGACAUAUAAAUAUAGUACAACUGUUGCUAGACAACAAAGCAGAAAUUAAUUAAUGUAAGGAUAAUGAAAUAUCCCCCUUAAUAAUUGCUUGUCAGAAAGGAUAUGAAGAUAUAGUACGGCUGUUACUAGACAACAUGGCUGACAUUAAUUAGUGUAUGAAUAUUGAGAUAUCUCCCCUGUGGAUUGCUUAUAAGGAAUGAUAUAAAGAUAUAGUACAGCUGUUACUGGACAACAGGGCAGACAUCGAUAAGUGUAUGGAUAAUGAGAUAUCCCCUUUAUUUGUUGCUUUCAGAAAGGACACACAGAUAUAGUAAAGCUGUUA